UGGAAAAGAGAGGUCCAGUCCGAUCGUCCGGCCAAAUCUUUCUAUCAAUUUGUACGUUCGUGUCCUUUCACCGCUUGAGAUUUUUGUGACUGAAUGUUAAUCUCUUGAUCUUUUGUAAACAUUUUAUUUAAUUGUGUACUACACGAGAAGAUGAAACCUUUGAUGUUACACGGGCACGAGCGUGCCAUCACAAAAAUCAAAUACAACAGGGAAGGAGACUUGUUAUUUUCGUCAAGUAAAGACAAAAAGCCAAAUGUUUGGUAUUCUUUGAAUGGAGAACGUCUUGGAACUUUUAAUGGUCACAAUGGAUCCGUAUGGUGUAUCGAUGUUAAUUGGGACACGAGUAGAUUUAUAUCUGGCAGCGGUGACAAUACACUGAGAGUUUGGGACUGUCAAACUGGCAAAGAAAUCGGUCAACUCCAAACGAACAGUUCAGUAAGGACAUGUAACUUCAGUUAUUCGGCAGACCUUGCUGUCUAUUCUACAGACAAAGCUCUCGGUCACCAGUGCGAGAUGUUCAUCAUAGAUAUCAGAAAUGUUGAUGGAGCAUUGUCACAAGAAGAUGCAAUUUCUAGAAUUUCUGUUAAUGGUCCUAGAAUCUCUGCCAUUUUAUGGGGUGCUUUAGACGAAACAAUUAUUACCGGUCACGAAGAUGGCGAAAUCACUCUUUGGGAUAUGAGAACAAGGAAGAAGUUGAACAGUGUUUCGAGUCACAAGGCUCAAAUUAAUGAUAUGCAGUUCAACAAGGAUGGCACGAUGUUUGUAACCGCAUCCAAAGACAACACCGCAAAAUUGUUCGAUAGCGAAUCGUUAAUGUUACUGAAGACGUACAAAACAGAAAGACCUGUAAACUCUGCCACAAUUUCUCCUAUUUUCGAUCAUGUGGUUCUUGGAGGUGGUCAAGACGCUAUGGAUGUAACAACAACGUCCACUCGUCAAGGAAAAUUCGAUUCGCGAUUUUACCAUUUAGUAUUCGAAGAAGAAUUCGCGCGUUUGAAGGGUCACUUUGGUCCGAUCAAUUCUCUUGCAUUCCAUCCAAAUGGUCGCAGCUUUUCAACAGGAGGAGAGGAUGGCUAUGUUCGUAUUAACACGUUCGAUCAAUCGUACUUCGAUUUUCAUUUUGAAUACUAAUUAUUAAAAAAAGUGGAAAAGUAAAUAUGUAUCAUGUCAUGUUGUAUAUGUUAAUAAAAGCAUUCGGCCAUUUUAUGUAAA